AAGCGGCUGAGGGGGGAAAGGAAGGGGCCUGAGGCUGUUAGGAAUGCUGGGAGUUGAAGUCCAAAACACCUGGAGGGCCCAACUUGGCCCAGGACUGCCCCAGAGCCAUGGCAGCUGAAGUGGUGUCAAAUUGCAUCCAUUCUGCAGAGUCCUUCCCCGCCAUUCCCUGCUGCUGCUACUUCUUCUCCACACAGAGAGCAGGCGGAGUCUGCGGUUUGAAUGCCAAAUUCCGCCCUGAGGAAGGCGGUGGUGGGGACGACUUUUGCACUGGGUUUUGCGUCUUUUGGGGGCAUAAAAAUGAGCAUAAAGCGACCCAGAGAGAGGUCUUGAAGCAGGGGAAUAGGAGGCGGGCGUGACUCUGCUUUUCCUCCCUCUGUGGCGCCGCUGCCUCUGCUUUGAAGAUGGAAGGAAGCCCUUCUGCCCUCGAAGGUUGAAUGGCUACUGGCGGUCCCUUUCUCCUCUUCCUCUGAGACUCAACCUGGCUCCUCUGGGAAAUUUUCUGAAAGGAAUGUCAUACUAUCUCCAUGAAGAAACUCUCCCCGAUAGAGGGCCUAUAUAUGUUCGAGAAAAUGGACAGCUAUACAAAGUGAAUCAAAAUUCAGGAAGAGUAAACAACUGUGCUCCAAAUCCAGGGCCUUCAAGGCUGUUUUCCAAAGGAUUCUCCGUUGAGCUUUGUGUGAACAGAGGUAAUGACAACGGAAGGACAGAUCAUUUCAUCUUCACCUACACCAAGGAGGGAAAUCUGCGCUAUUCUGCCAAAUCUCUCUUCAACUUAGUCUUGAGUUACAUUGCUGACAACAUGAAUCAUGUUGACUCAUUGACUGGCUUUCCUGAGCAGAUAGCAGAAAAGCUUUUUUAUGCAGCAGAUGCGAGGCAGAAGUUUUCAGACUCAAGAACAGGACUUUGUGCCCUGCAAAAAUUUACAGAGGUUUAUGGAAGUUUAGUACUUCGAUCGCUAUGCUUGAAAAAGAGCUAUCUAGUUAUUUCUGAAAAAGUUGAAGAAAUUAAAUCCUUCCAGGAUCUUGUUUGUUUGGAUUUGUCCUGUUGUAAACUUGGAGAUGAUCAUGAUCUCUUAGAGCAUAUCACAAAUGCAACACUAUCCAGCCUAGUUCGCCUUCUCCUGAAAGAUAAUUGCUUAUCAGAUGCUGGUCUUCGCAAAAUGACUGCACCUGUUCGGAUUAUGAAAAGAGGUCUUGAAAAUCUCACAGUUCUAGAUUUGUCUUAUAAUCCAGGAAUCACCCAUAUGGGAAUUGGAUACCUGCUUUCUUUCAAAAAGCUGGACUAUUUGGAUCUCUCUGGGACUGGACUAAAGUGCUCAAAGACAACCAUUUCGCAGAUCCAGACAAAAAUAGGUCUGGUUCAUUCUGAAGAGCAUUUGAAAGAAUUUGAUCAUAACAGCUGCAAAACAGAAGGUUGGGCUGAGCAGACUGUCUUGCAAUGGCAGCAUGCAAUCUUAGAGUCAAUUAAAGCAAAAGAAAAAAUGAAAUCUAGAACAUCAAUUCAACGUUUCUAUGGUAAAAGACGCAAGAAAGAAGAACCUCUAGAAGAAUUUCUAGAAGAGAAGCAAAGCAAGACUUCUGAGAAUUUGCAGUUCUACAGGAAAAGCACAGAUAUGGCAAACAUUUCUGGACUGCAAGGAAAAACUGAGACGAACGAAGAAUUACAGAAUAAAAAGCGGGUUACACUUGAACAAAAAGAACAGACUUUUCAGUCAAAGCAUUUUACCUUUUCAAUCGAAGACUUGGACUUGCUAAAUUCUUACUGAAUUCAGUUUAUAAAACUACUGUGUAUUUUACAAAGAAACGCUUUUUAAAACCAUAUUGCUGAAAAUUCUAAUAAAGUAAAUUUAUACUGUGUC